UUAAGGACAAAUUGUUUGAUGGACCGUUCUGUAAAAAGAUGUGUUUGUAUUAUAACUAUAUUCAACUUCCAAGAAUACGAAUGAUUAUCCAUAUUUAUUGAAUAAUUUUGGCAUUUAUAACUGAAUGAUGAAAGAAUUUUAUACAUAAACCAGCCAUGUGGCAAUCAAUGAAAAAGUAUCAACAACAGCGACAUCGACUUCAACAACAAAAACAAGUAAAUCAACAUCAUUAUUUAAACAAUUACCACCACACGAGCAAAUGUUGUAAUCAUUAUCAUCAAAAACAACUUUAUUGUCAUUAUUAUCGUUUAAAGCUUAAAUACUUAAAAUCAUUACAACCACAAAAACAGCAAAAGCAACAAUUACAACAACAACAUCAGCAACAGCAACAUAAACAACUACUUAAGCUACAGCACGUUGCCCACAAAUCCCUUAUGUAUAGCAACAGCAACAACAACUGUUUUGGUUACACUACUACUGCUACGACUAAUACUGUUGCUGCUCCAAUUUCUCUUACCACAACUAAGAAUUUGUCUUUAGCUUUUGGUUAUAACCAUAAUCAUUAUCUGAUCCCAAACCAACUUAACAUCAAAAGGACAAAAAAUAACAACUAGUGUGAAAAUAACUAAACUUUUAGCAAACAUUUGCUGUAAAUGAUAGUAGAAAAUAGAAAACAAACAAAACAAAAAAGAUAAAUAUAAAAAAGAAAAGUAACGAAAAACAAACAAAAUUACAAAAACGCAACGUACAAAAAGAGAAAACAUUUACCUUAAGACUCUGUAACAAUUUGCUCAGCUUAAACAUACUGGUUACUUUCAUCGUUACUCUAUCAUCAAUGGUGUUUACAAUGAUACCUCUGAUAGCAACAGCAAUAACAACAACAACUGUACUACCACCUGUACUGUCAACAAAUACAGUUACAACAACCACCUUAUUGAUGUCUUUAAUAAAUAUGACAAAUAUUAGUUCCUCCUCCUCAUCAUCCACUUCGUUACAACAACCACAAUCAAGACAAUUACAAAUGCACCAACCUCAUCAACAACAACACCAUCACCAACAACAGCAGCAGCCGCACCAGCAACAUCAUCAUCAUAAUCAGAUACACAUUGAUCAAGAUGCCAAUACGAAAUAUUUAAAUUUUGUUGCCAAUGGCCUGCUGGACACAAGCGGUGUCGUAGGCGGGGAAGGAAUUGUUGGUGGUGGAGGUGGCGGUCUUAGCGAUGAUGCAUUUAGUAUAAGUGGUUUUGGUAGUAUGGGUGCAAGUGGAGGAGGAGGUGUCGUUGGUGUUGGCAGUGGUGAAAGUAUAACAAGUGUGGCGGAUGCUAGUGUUAGUGGUGGUAUAGAUGGUAGCGGUGGUGGCAGCAUUUCAGUUCCUAUUGAUGCCCUAAACGAGUCACAUUUAAUAUUUGUCAUCGUCAAAUGUUUCAUUAUAAUUUUCAUCAUACUCGCUGCCAUACUCGGUAAUAUGCUGGUGAUUGUAUCUGUCAUGCGACACAGGAAAUUGCGCAUUAUCACCAAUUAUUUUGUGGUUUCACUGGCAGUAGCGGAUAUGUUGGUUGCUCUGUGUGCCAUGACCUUUAAUGCUUCCGUUGAAAUAUCCGGUAAAUGGAUGUUUGGUUCAGUAAUGUGUGAUAUGUGGAAUAGUUUUGAUGUAUAUUUUUCAACAGCCAGUAUUAUGCAUUUAUGUUGUAUCUCAGUGGAUAGAUAUUAUGCCAUUGUCCAGCCUUUGGAUUAUCCCUUAAUUAUGACACACAAGCGUGUAUUUAUCAUGCUGGUAAUUGUUUGGCUGGCACCUGCUCUUCUAUCAUUUUUACCCAUAUGUUCCGGUUGGUAUACGACCAGUGAUAAUUGGCGUUACUUAAAAUCAAAUCCGCAUAUCUGUGAAUUUAAAGUCAAUAAACCAUAUGCCAUUGUUAGUUCAUCUGUAAGUUUCUGGAUACCUGGUAUUGUCAUGCUCUCAAUGUACUAUCGCAUUUAUCAAGAGGCCGACAGACAGGAACGUCUUGUUUACCGGUCGAAAGUCGCUGCUAUAUUACUGGAGAAACAUCUGCAGAUAAGUCAAAUACCUAAACCUCGCCCCAGCAUACAGGUGGAGCAGUCAACCAUAUCGACAAUGCGUCGAGAACGUAAAGCAGCACGAACUCUGGGCAUUAUAAUGAGUGCCUUUUUGCUGUGCUGGCUGCCCUUUUUCCUUUGGUAUAUAAUAACAUCGUUGUGCGACAGCUGUACAACACCUCGCAUCGUAGUGGGCAUAUUAUUUUGGAUUGGUUAUUUUAAUUCAGCCUUGAAUCCCAUCAUUUAUGCGUAUUUCAAUAGAGACUUUCGAGCCGCAUUUAAAAAGACUUUAAAGUCCUGUUGUCCCUACAAACUUAUAAAUUGUCGUGUAAGUGCUGGCGGCGAAAUGCCACCAUUUGUUAAUUCCACCGCUUCAUCUGAAAUACACAUGAAUAUAAUACGUGCCCGCCAAUAUGCCACCUCAUCAUCUUCAAAUCAAUUGCAAACAUUAUAUCAAAACUAAGUGAAAUACAGAAACUAAAACAAAAAUUACUAAAUGUAAGGAAGCCGAAGGACAAUUCUAUACACAACUAACGAAUGUUGGAUGGAAUAAGAAGGUA